AUGGCUAUAAUUCCAUGGAAAGCAAUCGACGAAAGCCUCUCCCUUAGAUGGAAGAUUAUUGUUACCCUCCUGGCAAUCUACACUCUCCGUAUCAUAGGGACUCGCAUCACAACAACACGAGCAAGGCGCAAGUUCCGUGAACAACACGGGUGCGCUCCUGUGACUUGCCAACUCCCACUGAAGGACCCCUUUUUUGGCAUUGACUUUAUCUUGAAGCUGAUGAGGGUGUUCAAAGAAAAGCGACUAUUGGAAACCUUUGCCAACGACUUUUACAAGACAGUCGGUAUCACAUUCCUAGUCGAGCGUGGCUCUCAGCAGACUAUAUUCACGAUCGACCCCGAAAACAUCAAAACAGUUCUUGCUCUCAAGUUCAAGGACUAUGGACUUGCUUUUAGAGCUCCAUUGUUCAAUCCCGUCACAGGUGGCGGUAUGUUUGUUUCCGAUGGAGAGGAGUGGGCGCACUCGCGGGCUUUGAUGCGUCCAACCUUUGCCCGUGACCAAGUGGCCGACCUUGCAUUGACAAACAGACACGUCACAGACCUUGUGUCGAAGAUUCCUAUCAAUACAACCUUCAAUUUGCAGGAACUUCUUUUUGACUUCACCAUGGACACUGGCACUGAAUUCCUCUUUGGCGAGUCUACAGAUACACUUUGCAAUCCUACUAAAGCAAGCCAAGAGUUUACCAAAGCCUUUGACUUCACUCUCAAAGAUGUAGCUUAUCAGGCAAGAUUGGGCCCAUUACGCCGCUUCCAAGGCUCUCGAAGCAAGGCACUUGAAGUCUAUCAGGUAUGUCGGUCUUAUGUCGAACGUUAUGUCGAUCAAGCUAUGGCUCUUCGCACAUCGACUUUGACUGGGGAAGUAACAAGAGAGAAUGAACCUCAAAACCGACAUGACAGUCUGUUGAGGCAGCUUGCUAGAUCGGGUGUAUCGAAGGAAAAGAUACGCGCAGAGCUGCUAAGCGUCUUGAUAGCUGCAAGAGACACCACCUCGAAUCUAUUGGGUAAUCUCUUCUUUGUCCUUGCACGAAGACCAGAUAUCUGGACCAAGAUUCGAGAUGAAGUUAAGCAUCUAGACACAAAUGAACCAACAUACGAGCAGCUUCGCCAUCUCACAUAUGCUAAAUACUGCAUCAACGAAUCACUACGCCUCCAUCCUCCUGUCCCUAGUAAUGGCCGUAUGGCAUAUCGGGAUACGAUUCUUCCCCAUGGUGGUGGCCCAAAUGGUGAUCAUCCUAUUCAUGUUCCAAAGGGCUCCAUGGUAAAUUACACUGUCUACGCCAUGCAUCGUCGUAAAGAUCUGUAUGGCCAAGAUGCUGAGGAAUUUCGUCCCGAGAGAUGGGAGUCUCUCAGACCGUCAUGGUUCUUCUUGCCUUUCAAUGGGGGCCCACGCAUUUGUCUUGGUCAACAAUAUGCCAUCACUGAGUCUCUGCUGGUCAUAAUGCGAUUUGCUCAAGAGUUCACAUCAAUUCAAUCGAUGGACGCAAAGCCUUGGACUGAAGAGAUUGCGCUUGGGUGUGGCAAUGCUAAUGGCGUCUAUGUUUCAUUCCAGAAAUUAAAGUAA